AUGGCUGCUGCUCCUGCUGUUCCUACCGUCAACGGUAUCUGGAAUCCGCCGUCAGAUGCCGAGACACUGACCAUGUAUACGCCCGCCACGGACGAGGAGCGCGAAGUUGAGGCAUACAUCGAUUCGCACCCUGUCGUAGCUGAGCUGCGCACCCGUCCUGAUUUUACGGCAUCGCGACCGCAUCUUAAGAUGCCCGAGGCUCUGCGCAGCCACACCCUGACGGCGGGUCUGCUGCUUGGGCCUGGCCGUGUCGUCGUGCCGCCGCUCGUAUUUGCCGAGGACGGCGGCAAGUCGCUCGUCAGUAUCUCGUACCUGGGCACUGAUCUGUGCGGACAUCCCGGCAUUGUCCAUGGCGGCCUGCUGGCGACCAUGCUCGACGAGGGUCUCGCUCGAUGCUGCUUUCCGGCACUGCCGCACAAGGUCGGCAUGACGGCCAAUCUCAACAUCAACUAUCGCGCCCCAGCCCCGGCGGGCGCCUACGUGGCACUACGCGCCACCACUACAAAGGUCGAAGGUCGCAAGGCUUGGGUCGAGGGUCGCAUCGAGACAUUGGUCGCUGAAGGCGAGAAACCCGUCAUUCUGGCUGAGGCAACUGCUCUCUUUGUGUCGCCCAAACAGGCAGCGACAGCCGCAGUCGGACCAGCGUUCAACAUCGUCUGGCACCCGUCCCUCUCGCGCCAGGAGCGCGCCGAGCACCGCAAGCAAAAGGGCUUCACUCUCUGGUUUACUGGCCUUUCCGCCUCAGGCAAGUCGACCGUCGCUACGGCUCUCGAGCAGCAUCUCCUCCACAAGGGCCUUGCCGCCUAUCGCCUGGAUGGCGACAACGUCCGUUUCGGCCUCAACAAGGACCUCGGCUUCAGCGACAAGGAUCGCGUCGAGAACAUCCGCCGCAUUGGCGAAGUUGCUAAGCUCUUUGCCGACUCGUCCUGCAUCGCCCUUACCUCCUUCAUCUCGCCCUUCAAGGCCGACCGCCAGAUCGCCCGCGAUGUCCACGCUGCUGUGGCCCCCAGCUCUAAAGACGAGCCCAUCCCCUUCAUCGAGGUCUUUGUCGACAUUCCGAUCGAGGUCGCCGAGCAGCGCGAUCCCAAAGGCCUUUACAAGAAAGCUCGUGCUGGCGAGAUCCCGCAUUUCACUGGCAUUAGUUCUCCCUACGAGGCCCCCGAGAACCCCGACAUUGUCCUCAAGACUCACGAGAACUCGGUAGAAGAGUGUGUUCAGCAGCUGGUCGACUGGCUCCAGGCCAAGGGCCUGAUCUCCAUAUAG